AUGAACAAUAUGUAAUUUAGUUUAGACACCUCUUUCCAAUCCUCCUAGUUUUGUGAUAUUGAAAUUAAUGAUAAGACGUGUGACUUAUUAUAUUUUGAACCUAUUCACAUUGUCUCCUAACAUAAUAAAUUUUACAACUUAAAAAAAGAAAUAAAGCUCUCCCCAUUCAUCAAUUAUGAUAACAAUUCAUCAAUGUACUAUUAAAUACAAGUUUAAAAAAUGAGAAUUAAAAAGGCAAUAUAAUCCAAGAGUUCUAAAUACAAAAAGUUACCUGAUUAAGAUUGUAAUUCGUAUAUCUAACCUUAAUCAAAAACUAUGAAAAUUACAUAAAGAAAAUCUUCCUAACCACAAAGAUUGCCUACUAAGUCCUUUUGUCAUUUUAUAAAUGAUAAAGACUAUCAACAAAAAUAGCAAACAAAAAUAAAAAUUCGAUUACCUAUUAUUGAAAAACAUUAAGUCGAAAGCCCAUCUAAAAGCUCUUUAAAUUGUUGGACUAGAUAUACCUCUUCCAGUUUAUUUUAAGAAAAUUGA